AUGAGAAGCAAGAAAGGAUCCUCAGUCGAUUCUCAGUCUCAUAUUGAGAUCGUGAACAUUGAAGAUGACUACCCCUUCUUCUCCACACCCAUUUCUCGUAUAGACAAAGACGAAGCAAUCUCAGCUGAGGGCAAAUCCACUCCUGCAGUCAACUUCAUCGACCUUUGUUAUGACGACGUCGACGAUGAAGAUGACGAUUGUAGGCCUGCCAACGAGUUAUUUGGCAUCCAAAAUUGCGGCCAUUCUUAUUGUAAGGACUGCAUAAACAAUUACGUGGCAUCCAAGCUUCAAGAAAACAUUACAAUCAUCAAGUGCCCUGUCCCUGAUUGCAAAGGGUCACUAGACCUUGAGUAUUGUCGUCCAAUUCUUCCACCUGAGGUGUAUGAUAAGUGGGGAAAUGCUUUAUGUGAGGCUGUGAUUGUUGGGUCUCAAAGGUUUUACUGUCCCUUUAAGGAUUGCUCGGCACUGUUGAUUGAUGAUGAGCCUGAGGAUGUUGUAAGGGAAUCUGAGUGCCCUAAUUGUUAUAGAAUGUUCUGUGCGCAAUGUAAAGUUCCAUGGCAUGCCGGGAUUGGCUGCAGGGAGAUCCAGCAAUUGAAUGAGUAUGAGAGGGAGAAGGAAGAUAUCAUGCUCAUGAACAUUGCAAAGAAGAAGAAAUGGAGAAGAUGUCCAAACUGUGAAGCCAGCAUAAAAUCAGCUGAGGGAGUCUUUUUAGAACCUUUGCCGUUGAUGAUGGACGAGAUUCUUGAUCAUUUUUUCAGUUCCUCAUCAUGGACAGAUGUGGAUGUGAAGGAAAGAUCGUGUUUGGACUGUUACGAAAAUCCACCAACAAACGAAAUGCUUCUCAGUUCAAUUGGAGUAGGUAUAAUUGAAGAUGACAGCAAUAACUCUGCUACAAAUCUGAGCAACUCAAACCAAAGCAUGGAGAGCAUGGCUGCACAGUCUGCUAAUUCAUCUGUUGCUCAUGAGUUUGAGUCAGAUGCACAAGACAAUGGUAACAACUGCUCGGCCAACUUUUCAAAUGAUCAAAUGGGGCUGCACUAUGAUAUGGAUGGUAACAUGGUGAGAUCAACAUCUGUUUCGUGCCUAGAGCCACAAAAUGUGAGAUGCAAUUGCUGUGAACAGUCUGUCUUUCAGAGACUAAAUGGAGAUUUUGAAAACCCUUCUCCAAUUUCUCAGCUGUGGCCUCUUCAAGCUUAUGAGGGUGUCUCUUCUUCUCUUUGUCCUCCUGGUAUGGGACAACAGAAGCUGUGCAGUUACAGCAGUAAUGAUAUUUAUGAGUUGUCUGAUUUAGUCACCACAGAGAAGGUAAAGCAGGAAAUGGGAAACUAUCCUUUGCCCACUUUUGCUUCUGGGCCUCAGAUUCCAAUGGCAAUGACUGGAUUGCAGUCUUUCCCACAGACUACAUCAACUAGCCCAUCUGCUGAAUGUAUUGGACCUAGAAAGCCUCGUAUAAGGGCACGUCGAGGCCAGGCAACUGAUCCACACAGUAUUGCUGAAAGGCUUCGGAGAGAGAAAAUAGCUGACAGAAUGAAGAAUCUGCAAGAACUUGUACCAAAGUCUAACAAGGCACGCUCUACUUUCACUGACAAGGCAUCUAUGCUUGAUGAAAUCAUCGAGUAUGUCAAGUUUCUUCAGCAACAAGUCAAGGGUGGUCCUUGUAAGUGUGGAACUCGCUAUAUAAUAUGGUGGUUUCAUUCUCAUAAUCUCAUUGAAUGGGAUUUGCACAUAUGUAAAUGUGAUUCCUGUUACACCGCUUUAACUUGGUGCUUAAUACAUUUGCAGGUUCUAAGCGCACGCAGAUUGGGAGCUACAGGGGCUAAGGGGACCAAUGGGAUGUCAGAUUUUCCGUCACUUGGUCAUGACAUUUCUUUCAAUGAAAUUGCUUUUGAACAAGUAUUGAAGCUGAUGGAAACUGAUGUGACAAAGGCAAUGCAGUACCUUCAAAGCAAAGGUCUCUGCAUGAUGUCCAUCGCUCUUGCCAAUGCCAUACUGACCGAAAAGGAAUCUUCACCGCCUCCUGAUUCUGCCGAGAAUUCAAAGAACUCCGGCUUCACUGAUGAUGGCUUUGUUCACAACCCCAGCAGCAGCAGUAGCAGUAACAGCACCACCUUGCCUGGCACCGAUCAAGCGGCUGCGAAUCCAUGAUGGUUAUCAUGGUAACUUAAAACACAAGAUACCAAGUGCACAACUUAUGAUGAUCCUUUAUCAUUUACCUUUGAGCAGCUAUAGUUGAACAACAUUAGUUCCUAGUUUGGGAUAACAGUAACUAGUAACUACAUGAUGAGUUUGUUUCUAUAUUUUUGAACCGUUUUGGAGAGGUUAUUAAUAAUUUUUGGAUUGCUGAGGAGCCUCAUCUCAUGAAACAAAUGCUUACUUCAUCUCCUACCUCAUAUUCAACCAUCUGAAUUCAUAAAGGUUCAUGCUUCACGUCUUCAUU